AAUUUUAUGUUUGGGAGGGUGGUGCAUUUUUCUUAGAAUUGGACCAGCACACCCCCAGCACAUUUUCUAACUGUCCCUAAUGUAUAACAAGCCAGUACAGUAGUGCUGUUCUAGAACACCGUAGUGGCUCUCGUUUAGUAUACAUGGCCUUAGAGCUGCUCUCACUAUUGAUUCAUGUAGGCAGAUGUCAACACUGUCUAUUUAUGUUUCAUGCAUAAUGUUAUCCGAAUAUGUGCUCUCUCUUUCGGUCACACACAUCUCUCUGCAGUGUUUCCCCCUAGGAUUUUUUUCCAGCAGCAGUGGCAAAGUUGGUGUGGGGGGUAGGGGGCGUGGCCAAUGGGGCAGUUCUAAAGGCCAUAGAGACAUUUUAGUUUUAAAGCUAAUUUCCUGCAAUUCUACACAUUUUGUCAUGGCGCUGAGAGAAAAAUUGCAGUUUCAUGGGUAAUUUCCUGCAGCUCUACACAUUUUGCCAUGGGGCUGAUAGAAUUUGUAGUUUUAAAGCUGGUUUCCUGAAAUUCUAUACAUUUUGCCAUUCUUAUGCUAUCUGAUUGACUCGAACAUUAUAACAAAGUCAAUGGAGAGGCCCCAUGCCAUUUUUUUUAAAUUUCAAAUUCUCCUUGUCAAGUUUUUAUUUUGGUUAUUGUUAGUUCUCAAAGAUGAUCUUAUUUAAAAAAUAUAUUGCUCCAUGGUAUGUUCUACAUACAUACAUACUUUUAUAUCUGGUUUUAGUCAUUUAAGUUUAUACUGAAAACAUUUUACCAUCCCGAAAAAAUCCAUGAAGCCAUAGUCAUAUGCAUGAAAUGUGACUCAUGUCUUUGUACAAUGCAGUGCGGAGGUGUGUGGAGACCUGAAUUUGAAAUGCCAUCAGUAUGGGUGUGUGCAUGGUGCACUGUGUGUGUCCAGAGCUGAGUGUGGGGGUGGGAGUUAGUUCCAUAUUAAACCAGCUAAGUGGGGGAAGUCAUGUGGAAAACUGAACUUGAAAUGACAUCUGCAUGUUGGUACUCUACUUCUGUAUUAGAUGCUGCCUAAAGUCUUGAGUGUAUUUGUUUGUGCAAUGCUUAUGCCUAAUGACCUUUUCCCUAUCUUUCCAUCCCUCUCUUCUGAUGCAGAGGCCAGACACUCUGAGGUAUGUUGUCUGUCUGCAUUUGUCUAAAAUGAAAAAGGGAGGGAGCAGCACAAAUACCGCACAGCCAGACGCCAUGCAGGGGGAGCCUUCCCCUCAUCCCUGAGUGCUGAAAUGCCCGGACUGGAGCCUGAAUGUGUCAUCAGAUAGUGUCAGACUGCAUCCAGCAGGGGGGAUGAUAAGAGUUUAUAGAAAGUAGCCUUUCAGACACCCUGUGGAAGAUUUUCCUCUAAAAUACUAUUUUGAAUCAGUCAGACAGGUUUGGUCAUUGACCUUCUCAACAGUAGUUUCUCCAGACCAGACCGCCAGGGGUUUUAGCGAGGAGCCAGUAUGGAGUGGUCACUAGAAAGGGUGAGGGAGAUGGUGGCUGGAGGGAUGCAGUCUAUGAGGGACUGUGAGUCCAGUGCCUUUGGCACAGCCAUGUGCCUGCUGCUGCUCUUUGUGUGGUACUGUUACAGGGUAGGUCGUGAGCACAGCUCCUCUCCCCUGCGUGGGGGGUACAGCAAUGAGCCCAGUCGAGUAGGGGGGGGUGGGGGGGCCUUGAUCAGCACAGAUGGGGAUGGUAGGGCUAAAGGCAGGCCGGUGUCAGGGGUGGAGGAGCAGAACGGCUUUGCUUACUGCCAGUCCACCGAGUGUUUUCGCUGCACCAACACAGGGGAGGGUCUUAAUCAGAGGCUGUACCACAGCUUGCAGGAUUACGCCAAACGCUACACCUGGUCAGGCAUGGGCAGGGUACACAAAGGGGUACGAGACCAGGGCCGCUACCUCACCAGCCGGCCCACCAUCCAGAGGCCAGAGGUGUUCUUCCUUCCUGACCUGCCCUCAGCACCCUUCUUCUCCCGGGACGCACAGAAACACGACGUGGAGCUGCUGGAGAGGAGCUUCCCUGCUCUGCUGGCUGAGUUUGAGAACAUCUACCACGCCCCCCCAGUGCGGGCUGGCUCCUCCCUGCCUCCAGGCUGGAAGGCCAACAGCACCCCCCAUGGCCAGUGGUGGACCUUCUACCUGGUGAACCAGGGAACUCCGCUGGCCCUGAAUGCCAGGAGGUGCCCCCGGGCCUGGAGGGUGCUGGGCCAGCUGCGCACCUUCAUUGCCAACAACGUGUUUGGAAAUGCCUGCUUCUCUGUGCUGACCCCCGGAGCCCUGAUAACUGAGCAUUACGGCCCAACCAACGUCAGGCUGCGCUGCCACCUGGGUCUUAGAGUGCCCUCUUCCUGUGAGCUGGUAGUUGGAGGGGAGCCGCAGUGCUGGUCUGAGGGGAGCUGUCUGCUGUUUGAUGACUCCUUCCUCCACAGGGCCUUCCAUGAGGGCAGCCCAGAGGACGGUCCCAGAGUGGUCUUCAUGGUGGACCUCUGGCACCCUAAUGUGGCAGCUGCUGAGAGGCAGGCUCUGGACUACAUCUUCACCCCUGGACGCUGAGCAGACGGUGGGGUGGGGUGGGGGGAGAGGCAGAGUUAAAGAGAGAAACACAGAGAGGUAAAAGAGAGACAGAGAAUGUGUCAGAUUUGAAGAGAGUUGGUGAGAAAAGUAGAGAAGAACAGUGUGAGUGAGGUGAGACAUCUUCUUUGUCUCUUGUUCCGUUCCCACACUCACUGUGUACAUAUUCUCUGUCUUGUUCGAAUUGGCUCUCUCCCUGUAACUCUCCAUUAGCACCUACUGACUUUGACCAAACAGACGUAAUGUAAAAUGUUACAUUUGAAUGUUUACAGCCCCAAUCCUUAUUUCUGUGAUUAUUCCUGCCCAUGUGUGAUAGUUUACUGUGCUCUACUUUAGAAAUCAAUACAGCUUUCACAAAAACAGUUGGAUAAGCACAUGGAAAAUGUUUUUUUGAGGAGAUCAAAUGAUUUGCUAGAGACUGCCUGUGUUGCUACACAGGAGAAAUGGUUGUAUUUGCAGUAGUGGGGAAAUCACUGAGGAAGCCAGAAAAAAAGCCAUAUUACAACCUAUGUGUUGUGAUAACUGCGUUGUUUGCUCUAUAACCUGUUAAUUCAUAUGCCUUGCGACUGUGAUAUAUAGGUCUAAAGACCGAGACAAUAAGAAGACAGUGGCAGAAUCAAUUCAACCACCUUUGUUUUAUCACAAAACCCGGAUAGCAACCUCUGUCCGGUUUAGUCCACAAAGCAUAUUGCAUGUAACAGACAUGACCUACAGCAUGGUCAAAUAAGUUGAUGUUUCUGACUAUUCCAGCACCAUUUCAACUUCAACAUUUCAACAUCAUCAAAUCACCUCUGCUUAGUCUAAUUCGCUGAACUAAAAGAUACCAAAAACAAUUUAGUCUAAUCAACGUAAGCUAAACAUGAUGUGGCUAUCCAUGGAUCUAAUUUAUUUGUGCGUGUGCGCAUUUGUUCAAGUAGAAUCAUAUGUUGACUCACCCUACUUGUAGAGAAAUGCCAAUGCCAUCCCCCUCUUUCAUUUUGACGAAACGGUCUAUCAUACAUUACACGGUUUUAUUUUUUGUUGUCCUAGGCUAGCUGUCUAAAAUGCAUGCUGGCCUAACUUCCAUUCAUAGGCAAUGUUAGCUAGAUAACAUUAGCCUUCUACAUCUAGCUACAUGUUGAACUAACAUUCUCUCAUGCCAGGGUCACAAUGUAUGAAUGAAUGCCGUUAUAAUCAUUGGCCAGUACAGAGAAUUAAGUAAAAUAACAAGUCCAAAUCCCUAUCGCCAACCAUGGCAAAUUUAGGAAACGGAAAACUUUAGCUAGCUAGUCACUGGAAGAGAACGAGAUGCAACAAUUCAACUUGUUUCUAUCAAUGAUGUAUGCUCUCAAUGCGAUUUGAUAGUAGUGACGCCAAAAUCCAAGCUGGCUUCAAUUGACACUUUUUUUUUUGGUGCGCCAAGACAGUUUAGCUCAACGAUGAGUAACUUGUUUUAUUGCAUUUUUUAUCAAGGGAGGCCAAAGGGAGGCCAAAUGCUCUCAGGCAUUCCUUGCUUUCCAUUCAAUGCUAGGGGCGGCAACAAUGUCAUACGUCUAUCUGAUGCUGGCUGUCGUUGGGACCAGACAGAAUCAGAUAGAUGGCAUACAUGUAGAGCGACAGAGGGGGCGCUGUUUCGCUUGUUCGGAUGCUUUUUCCUCUGUGAUUCAUUUAGACUCUUGCGAAUUGAAGGAAAAUUAUGAAACUGAGAGAUGAAUGCUAUAUGAUUUUAUGUUAUUUUCUUGAUACAUUUUUGGGGGGAGCUUUGCCCUCCCUUGACAUCCAUGAAUACACGCCACUGUGUAUUUAAUAAAUUAUCUAAUUAAUGUUUGUAAUAUUGUUGGUUGUAUUUGAUAUCAACUUUGUAUUUAUGUAAAUAGAGUUGGAGUACAAAACAUAUCUGAGAGGUUUUGAAAUAUAAUUGUCUUACAAUCGGUAGGUAUUGUGUGGUCUUAAUUUACUGGUACUGCAUUGUCAUCUUCUCUCCCGAGUAUUUGUCAUUUUGAGACAUUAAUUUUUAGAUAUUUGAAAUGUUUAUCAAGUGGUUUGGCUAUUGUUCAGUAACAUUUUAUACCAUUCUGUGAUUUUUUUCAGCUGCAUAUCAAAUGUUUGGUGAUAUUCUUCCCCAAUAGUCAUAUUUGUGGCACUUGUAUUCAUUUUGAACAGUAUUUAAUAAAUGGCAAAUUAUCUGAAUCAGA